AUGGACGAAGUGACCGCCGUGUGUGCAGCAGUUCUCGCCGCGGUGACAGCUGCUCUUACACCCUUCGACGGCCGCAGCAACCGUGGACCCAUUGAAAACAACUUCGUUGUUCCAAACAACACGUGGUUGCUUGUGAAAUCUACGACUUCCCUCAAUGCAUGGUUCACGCGGCACCUGCGAUGCCCUCGACCCACGUUCAAUCGAAUUGUGGACUCCAUUGGAACGGCAUGGCCGACCGUGCACCCUGCUCUCCACCACCUCAACCGCUUUGGCAUUGAUGACCGCGUAGCUUGCACCCUUCACUACCUCACUCACUCAGACGGCUACGAGUCGACGGCAGCAUUGUUUGGUAUUUCAAAGACCAGAGCGUACGAGUAUUGUAAUCAAGUGUUUGCUGUUGUUCAACUCUGUUUCGUGUUGGAUACCAUCUCGAUGCCAACGACACACGCCCAGUGGGAGGACAUCAGAACAGGGAUCGAAGCGUAUGGAUUUCCCAAUGCCUACGACGCCAUCGACGGCAUCAGAACGACAAGGCGCUCUUUAACCACUCGGUGUUUGGAAAAACGUGCCACCAAAGAGUCCCUGGGGCCUGGGGGUGGCUGCUUUCUUGGCGACGCUGGAUACAAGCUGUAUUCACACCUCAUGACCCCAUACACGAUUUACUCGGACAUUCCCCAGGACGAAGCGCACUACAACACGAUCCACAGUCGCAGCCGCAUGGUCGUCGAGCGCGCAUUUGGGCUUUGGAAGAACAAGUUUCGUGUUUUUAAGGCUGAGCUGCUCCAACAUCGACCGAGCGACAUGGCGCGCCUGAUUGAAGUAUCCUUGGUGUUUCAUAACUGGUUCAUUGAAUUCAAUGAGGAGUUGGAUAACUUCGAACCCGAGUUCUUCCCCGAGUGGAUGCACACCGGUGGCGACACAGUCUUCGAUGAGGAGCUGAACCAAGUCGAUGGUGCACCUGCAAAACGCGCUCGGGAUAUGAUCAAGCUGUAUUUAAGCCAACAUGUUAGUAUAUAA